CCAAGAGGUUUGACGUCACUGAUGUCAGUGCCCGCACAUGGAAUUGCAAGCCAUUUCAGACUAGCAAAGUAGCCACGAUCAGUUGCGGUCUGCAAUAACUCCGAACCCCAUCACAGCCGUGUUUUUCCUGGGGUAGCUAGCUAAUCAAUCUCGCGGAAGCAGACCGGGACCGCGGCAGUUUACCUUGAGGAUUUAUUUAUUUGCAAUUUUUUUAUUUUCAUUAUCUUUUGAAAAAAAAAGUGUUUUAAUUUUGUUCCGCGAUCCCUGGAGAAAAUGGCAAGACCUCUCCCCAUAAACUCAACUUUCCUACCUCCAACUCAUGGUGUGCUGAAAUCUCUGUUGGAAAAUCCUUUGAAACUACCGUUUCACCAUGACGAAGGGUUUGGGAAAGAGAAGGAGAAGAAGCUGGAUGAGGACGUCAGUGGACCCAACGCUCCACAGUCCGCCUUUCUGGGCCCCACGCUGUGGGACAAGACCCUGCCCUACGAUGGAGACACGUUUCAGCUGGAGUACAUGGACCUGGAGGAGUUCCUGUCGGAGAACGGCAUCCCCUCCAACCCCACGCAGCACGAGCAGAGCCAGCCACAGGCCCCCCCGCCCCCGCCGCCCACGCCCAGCGUGGUCGACCUCAGCAGCCGCCCCACCACCUCUGUUCACACGGCCGUGGCCAAUCAGAGCUGCCUCCAGAGCCCCAGUAGACCAGUCCUGCCCACGUCUCGCAACACCCCCAGCCCCAUCGACCCGGAGACCAUCCAGGUUCCGGUGGGGUACGAGCCGGACCCGGCCGACCUGGCGCUGUCCAGCGUCCCGGGCCAGGAGGUGUUCGACCCGCGCAAGCGCAAGUUUUCGGCCGAGGAGCUCAAGCCCCAGCCCAUGAUAAAGAAGGCCCGCAAGGUCUUCAUCCCCGAGGACCUGAAGGACGAUAAGUACUGGGCGCGGCGCCGGAAGAACAACGUGGCGGCGAAGCGGUCGCGGGACGCGCGGCGGCUGAAGGAGAACCAGAUCGCCAUCCGGGCGGGCUUCCUGGAGAAGGAGAACUCGGCGCUGCGCAUGGAGGUGGCCGAGCUGCGCAAGGAGCUGGGGCGCUGCAAAAACGUGCUGGCCAAAUACGAAGCCCGGCACGGGCCGCUGUGAGCCCCGCCCCUCGCCCCUCGCCCCCGCCCGUCACCCCGUCUGAAGCCCCGCCCCCACGCCUGUCACAGCGUCUGAAGCCCCGCCCCCACACCUGUCACGCGGUCUGAAGGACAGUGCACCCUAGCCCCGCCCCCACGCCUGUCACGCGGUCUGAAGGACAGUGCACCCUAGCCCCGCCCCCACGACUGUCACACGCUCUGAAGGACAGUGCACCCUAGCCCCGCCCCCACGCCUGUCACACGGGUUAGAAGCCCCGCCCCCACGCCUGUCACACGGUCUGAAGGACAGUGCACCCUAGCCCUGCCCCCUUUUCAACCACGCCCCCAGUCCCUUUCCUCCUUAUAGGUUCUCACUGACUUCAUCUUCGUGGACAAUAUCUCUUUCUAGAUAUAUGUAUAAAUGUAUUAUAGAUGUGUGGUGUAUGUUUAUACAUAUAUGUGGGAGCACAUAAAUCGCACCCCUCCCCCCUUCCCUGUGCCACGCCCCCCCAGUUUCUGGAGCCCUCUGGCCACACCCACUGCCUCCCUCCCCCUCCUCACUUCUUGCUCUGUGUUUCCUCACUGGAUGGUGAAGCUGUGUUGGGCUCCCUUGCGUCCUUUUAUACUCCUCAACGGGACUGAGAACAGUUAAUUAAGCUCCUCCCCCCGCCUGUCACUCAGUUUUAUUCCGUGCUGCUGCUAAACUGAUGGCCCCGCCCACAACCCUCCUGACCAGCAGGGAGCCGCCUGCCCUUCCCAUCGCCGUGGAAACGCCGCCCUGAAAUACAUAACUAUGUGCAACCUCAUUUUUCAUAAACGCAACCUUUCUUCUUUUCUUUUUUUUUACCCCUCCAACCACCAACCCUCAAAUGACCUAUAAAGCAUUAUUUUAUUUUAUUUUAUUUUUUUGUUUGGUGGAUCCUCUGAUGAUGUUGUUGAUGAUGUUGUUGUGUUUUUAGUUAUCGGUCAUCGCUGGCCCUCCCCUCUUUUCUCCACUCGUUUUAUAAAGUGCUGUGACAUAACCCUAGCCCCCCCCCCCCCCCCAUGUGCUUAGUGCUGUAGCCUACUCUCGCCUUGGUGCAGCCUAUAGGAUUACUCUGAGAUACAACACCAGUGUUUUUUUUUUUUCCUGGACUGACUGAAGCAAUAAUCCUAUCCCAGAAUACACUACUGUACAGCCCUGCACCCAGGCACGGUCCUGUGGACGUAGAUCCACCCCCACGCCCCUCCCUUCCCUUCUGGGCCUGCUCACUGCUACCCCGGGAACUUUCUAAAUACUAAAUUGGCUGUACGGUCACAGCCCCCCCCCCCCCCUCCGUUUAAAUCUCUGCACUUUUGCGUGAUUCACAAUCAGACCUGGUGCCGUUGUGUGUUCCUGUCGAAUCUAUCUGAUGUCUGCAGCAUCUACGGGUUGCUUUUAACUUUCUUUUCUUUUUUUUUUUUUUUGGUAAUACUCAAUUGUUUAUUAAUACUAUAAUUAUAAUUAUUGUUAACAAGUUAAAUGUUUCGGCAUGAUUUCUGUUUAAAAUACACAAAUCUUCAGCUUCAGUCGUUUUGCGAAGCAGUAAAUUCGUCACCAUUUUUUUUUCCUAAGCAUGAUUAUAUAGCAUUUCAAUAAUAAAUAUUAUAUAUAUAUACACACAUAUAUAUAUAUAUAUAUGUGUGUGUGUGUGUGUAAAGAGAAACUUUUAAUUUUUAGCUAUGUGUUUGCAUUCUCAGAUGGCAGUAAGAUGAAUGUAUAAGAUGUAAAAAGUUGGCUGGUGUUGUCCAAUACUGUGGUUAACCCAAUGGAUUUAGUAAUGUUUACUACAGACCAAAAGAUACAGUACAUAGAUAUAUUGAUUAUAAAGAGAUUUAAUGUUUAUAUGAAGCUAUUCUAGAAGUUGUUUUUUGUACAGUAUUUUUCCUAUACAAAUACUGACCGUGUAUUUUACAAAGGCAUAAUAAAAAUCGAGAUAAUCUAUGUAAGUACAGUAUAUAUUAGCCUACUCGGGCAUGAGUUGUGUAUCUUGAAAGGUUUAUAGUACUGAUCUUUGCUGUAUGGGGAGACGGAGAGUUCUAGAACGCUUGGCCUCGGGGCAUUAUUCUACGGCUCCCGCGUUCAGCUCGUAUUGGUCCGUACGGCUCAAUGUUACAUGCGGACAGUGCGCCCCCUACAGCGUUCGUGCAGAACUGCAGCGCUGUUUUAGGGUGCCGUGCUGCUCAGUAAUGCAGCAGAGGCUAAAAAGCCUGCUGGCGGCCAUUACCCAUCAGGCCAUGGGCUAGCGAUCGCGCUGGCAACCUGCGGGUCAUUACCUGCAGCACCGCUGCUUGAAUCGCGUGAGGGCAGCCGUACAGACACCCCCCCCCCAUAAAUCCGUGAAUUCCCCCCCCCCCCUCGUUCUUUCGGACCUUUUCGGCCCUCAGGUAACAUCUGGCGCUUUGUGAGCGUUGAGGAGAAACCCUCUGGCUACCUCUCGUCCACCCCUGCUCCUCGCGCUCAGUGCAGAUAGCACACUCCAGGUGAAGGGAUCAUCCCUCCCUUUCACCUGAAACGGCUGUUAAAUCGUGCACUUUACGUUCUCGCCCCCUACUCCCCCCAUUUCCGUUAUCACUUGCAGUGCUGGGGGCCUUGUGUGGAGAAUCAUUUCCUGUGGGUUUCUAUGGAGACUGUGGAGCAGAGUAGCUGUUCUGCCAGGCCAGUGUGCUUCGCUGUACAUGGGGAAAACUCCACAGAAGACAGCAUGCUACACAACUCAUUACAUUACAUUUAUUUAGCAGACGCUUUGAUCCAAAGCGACGUACGAUAACUCAUGUAGAGGAAUGAACUUAAAGCUUCUCGAAGCUGGAGUUCAGCUGGAAGGACCCCGUGUUCGGCUCAGGUCUGGGGUCGGCUGGAUCCACAGCCUCUGCGUAGGGGUUCCUGAAGCAUCAUCAGCAUGUCACUACGACGAGUAACAACAGCAACGUCAACCAAUAAUGUGAAGUCUCCAUUUGGAGACUGAACUUCACCGAAUUACUGGAAGUAUGAACACAGCUUAUUCUGUUGCUGUUUUUUUUUUUUUUGUUUUCUUUUAAUAUCACUUAUGGUUUUGAAUUCAUUUUGUCUUACUGCCUCAGGAGCUGUGCUUAGAGUCCCCCAUCUCUUCUCCAUGUUAUUUUUCUUACUAUUAUUCUUAUAUUACUGUUGCACAUUGGGCACUAAGGCACUAAGGGAGCGAGAGGUGCGCAGAUAUAAAUCCAUCACAUUAUAAUAAGACAUUUAAUGCUUUCUCUGUUCAGAAUUCUGAGACUUCAGUGUUAGGCGUAGGAGAGGUGGGAGCACGCCAUGCAAAUAGCUCAUUUAUGCUAGCAGUCGGCCCCCUUCAGCACCCCUGUGGUGAUGGAGUAGUGGGCUAACGUUUGUAAUAAGAUCAUGAACAUUCUUUCUACCUUCGGGAGCAGGUUGUGUUGCGGUGCAGAAAGCACACAGGCGAAGUUACGAGCUCAAGGCACAAAGCCAUCGGACCAGUCGACCGACGUCUACCUUCUUGUUCGCCGCUGUCGAGUCGCGCAGAUAUGCUGUCGUUUCUUAUUCCUGGUCAGAUUUUCCCGGUUGAUUUGACCUUUCUCCUGCUUUAAAUGGCAUCCGCUCAGCAGCUGCACCUGAGUAAUGAAAUACUCAGCGAUUUUUUGAUGAUGUUGUUUUGCUUCUGUCUCUUGCUUCUUAGUAUUUACUCCAGGCUUUAGGCCAUGGAACCUUUCAGGAUUCCUAAGCUUCCUUGCGAAGAAAGAUUUCAGUGGGGCGUGCUCCUUCCUGCUGAAGGAACGCCAGCGCCCCUCUGUAAUCGAAGCAGGGAACAGUAGGAUGAAGUUGGAUUGAGCCCUCUGUAAUACUCUCUAAUGCCCUCUGAAACUCUUCGCUUCUACCUCGUUCGACAGCGGAAAUAACCACCAUUGUCUUGAGCAUGUCUGAGUGCCUUGAAUGCAUGCCGACUGUUCCCCCGGUCGCAUAGCAACGGAAGGAGGUUGUGUGUGUGUGUGAUGCAAACUCGAUUCGUACCGCAGCUCCGCUCCGAAAACUGUAAGCACCUGCUGGAGGGGCUGCCCUCUUCAUCAAAAUUAUCCGGUGAAAUUACACGUAUAUAUAUAUUUUUUUUUUUGUUAUUGUUUUUAGUUGUUUUGGAAUCUGCCAUGGGAUGACUACCAUUGUAUUUCAGGCAACACCAACAGACUGUUUCCCCUGAGGCUGCAGAAACGCGUAAUAAAGGACAGUCCUGUCAUGUAUGUCGCGGAAUGGGUGCAUAUGGUUAAUAUGUAUGUAUAUAUAUGCAUUAUGCCCUCGCCUCCCCUCCCUUUCUGUAUGUAAUUCUUAGUGUUCAAUAAAGUCUUUACAGUUUCUUCUC